AUGACCUAUGCAUGCCCAUUCAGCAAAGGGCUCGUGCGAGAAUUCUAUUCGAAUCUCACUCCAAGGACUGAUAUUCCUGGAGAUCAAAUGUAUCACAAGGCGUUUGUCCGAGGAAGGUUCAUUGAAUUCUCUCCCACAGUCAUCAACAAACUUCUGGGAACGCUUGAUGACUCAGAUCAAGGUUUGGAAGACUAUCCCACUGGAACUACACUUGAGGAUUUAGAAGUCUCUCUCACGGGUGAAUAUGUUGAAGGAAGAAGUGGAAAAAUGCCAGUUGCCAGCCUUAAGUUUGAAAGUCGAGUCAUGUUUCUGGUUGGUAAAACAAAUUGGUUUCCUACCCGCCGAACUGAUAUGAUUCAGGAUGAACUGGCCAUGUUGAUAUUCAUGUUUCUGAGGAAGGAUAAAGUCAACCUAGGAAGCAUUAUCUACAGUCAUAUACUUUCUCGAGCUGAAGAUAUGAGAGUUCGUUACUUGCUCCAUCACCCUUGUCUUAUUCAGAGUAUCAUUGUGCGACAGAGUCCUGAAAUUGUUGCAGACUCCGAAAUCACUGAAGUCAUUCAGCGCCCUUUGAUCAUUGAGUCCAGAGUUCAACGAGCACAGCUGAGCCGUGUGCAACUGUGCAGCAAGACGUUUGCUCUACUGAUGAAACAUGACAAAUUGUUGCGUCAAGUGGAGGAGUCAAAUAGAAAGAAUGCCAAAGUUGUCGCUCAGAUUCGUGCUAAACAACACGCUCUUCGGGAAGAGUUUCAGAGGGGAGAAAGUGGAGCGAAUGAGUCAAGUUCUAAGGACAAAGGAAAAGGAAAAGUGGUGGAGGAAAUACAAAGUGAUGCUGAGGAAGAAAUCGAGGAAGAAAACUCUGAAGAUGCUGAAUCUGAGUGA